GCCAACUAGGAGUUUCUGGUUUCUGUUUGUGUUUCGAACGUCGCCGAUCAUUCGCGUCAUCGUAUCUGUCGUCUGUCGUGUCGCAUCCUCCAUAAUUAUUUCCUCCAGGGAGUAGACGAUCCGCGAAUUUGUAGGAACGAGAAUUAUCUCGAUGACGAUGACUGCGAGUUCCAAGCAAGGCUCCAAGCGAUCGAAAUGGGCUCUAGACUUCGCCCACAAGACAAAACAGGAUAAGAGCGUGGAGAUCCCAUCUCCACCAGGAUACACGCCUACCGGUUCUCUCUUUCACAAUGUGGAGUACAUGAGAGAGUCGGACUCCAAUCAUCUCAUAAUAAAGAAGUCCUGGGACUUGGCCUUGGGACCCCUUAAACAAGUGCCCAUGAAUCUGUUCAUCAUGUACAUGGCUGGCAGCUCAAUUUCGAUUUUUCCCAUCAUGAUGGUCGGGAUGCUCAUCAUCAGGCCAGUCAAGGCAUUAUUCACUCUGCAGCAGACAUUCAAAGUGAUCGAGGGAACGCACGCGUUCGGACAAAAGUUCGUGUACUUCUUAGGACAGUUAGUGAAUAUCGCGUUAGCUUUGUACAAGUGUCAAUCGAUGGGUCUAUUACCGACACACGCGUCCGACUGGCUAGCGUUUGUGGAACCGCAGACGAGGGUGGAAUACUCCGGUGGAGGUUUUAUGUAUUGAUAGGAAAGAUGCAAUCAGUUGAUGUUGUGAGUACUCGAUAUACGCGUUCUACCAACCCAAUCGUGAAUUUAGCUAAGUUAUAUUGUGCGCGUGUCGCAUUUAAAUAUUGUUUAUUAAAUAAAAUAAAAGUAUGGAAAAAUAAGUGGCUGUCUCUUUGUGUACAUAAUAUGAAUACAUAUAUAUAUUUACAAAUGUAGCAAUAUUUCUUGGAAAGAUAUAGUUAAAUUACAUCGCAGUUACAUUUACAUCGUUUAUAUAAUAUACAUCUUCUCUUUUGAUAUUGGAAGUAAUUACAUUUAGGAGAAAUGGACUACAAGCUAUGCUAUGGCUUCUUUUUAUGAUCGUCUAGAAACUCGAGUGCUCUUUGAUAUAGUUUUGCUGGCUCAUCCACGCGUGGUACCUAUAUAGCAUACAAAAGCAAAGAUCAACUUUGAAAAGUGCUUAUCGUAUCAAUAUUUUUGUAUCACAUGCAUGAAAGAAUGUAUUGACAGCUGUUUAUAUAUUCCAUUGUAAUUAA